AUGUCAACCAAGCACACCAAAAAAACUGCCGCAGCCCUUACUGAAAAAUUAAGGACGCAGGCGCAGGCUAAGCGGACUGAAGCUCGCAAACGCAGUGAAGAUAAGGCUAUAGCGGAUGCUCUACGCCUUGAAGCGGAAAAGAUAGAAGCUGCGGCCGACAAGGUCAAUGACGCCCAGGAGAUGGAUAUAGAUGUGGAUUCGCUCAUUCAGGAGUUUAGGAAAGAUUUGGAUGGAUUGCAAGGAUCUAUGGAUUGGGAGCCGGAGACAACGCCGGAGACGCCAGCACCGCCAGCACCACCAGUGCCACCGCCAGCACCGCCAGUGCCACCGCCAGCACCGCCAGUGCCACCGCCAGCACCGCCAGCACCGCCAGCACCGCCGCCGCAACACCCGGAGGGCAAAUCCUGGACUAAAGAAGAACUUGAUGAACUUCCGGAUCUCGAACUCCGGCAGGAUGUAAACAUGUGGAGUUUUGACGGACGGGUCGAGGGAAGAGCAAAAGCGGGAUACGGCCAACGACUGAUCAUAGCGCGCGGGCCGCGAAGGUUCUGCAUCUACCGCCUGGUAGCAUCAAGCACUUGGCCUGGAAGUAAAAAUUUCGGCGAGGAUAUCAAACAUCGGGGGGCGGUAAAGGGGCAGAAUUUCAAGAUAAAAGGGGUUGCCUAUGCAGACACUAAGGGGGAUUCAGGCCCGGAACUGAUGAACCCGAGGGGAUACGGCAAAGGAAAGAGGUUUCCAGUAACAUAUGUGAAAAUAUGGUGGGGAGAUAUGGUGGGGGAAAAUGGCAUGAACUCGGAUAGCUCCACAACUUGGGAAACGAGGACGACAGUACGCAAACUAUAUGGCGGUACCAACAUUGGGGACGUAUCCAUAUACGAGGCCGCAUUACUUUUAGAACAAUCCGCCAAUGAAUUCAUCGAGAAGAACCCUGAUUGGCGAAGUAUUGUAGAUCCUUCUUGGUCAAGCAAGGUGAAUCGGGAGGUGAUCGAAAGGGAAGUCAAAGAAGAGGCGGAUGCAUAG